CACUAAUAGCCUAGUAAUGGAUAUGGUGUGUGCUAGGCCACGCUGGGCAAUCCUCUGCUUGUGAUGUCAUAAGGAUGGGGGUUCGGGUUCAGGGUGAUAUAAUGAUGGAUACGCUAUUACUGACCUUUCCUUGUAACCCCCACAGUUCACUCACUCACUCAGUUGUCCGUGCCAAGUACCUUGCUUACUGCGGCAAAUCUUCAUUGUCCAACACAGAGCGUCAGACACUCAAGCACAUUGUGGAAGAAGAGUUGCUGAGAAUGCAGGAGGACUCCAGCGAUGACGAGCCGCUUAUUAGGAAGGUGCAGAAAAGAGCUCGCAGCGGGAGCGACCAAGACCAGGGAUCGAGCAAGGAGCCACCUGACAAAAGGCAGAAAGCGGUGCACGACAACAAAUCAGAAGAUGAGGAUUCUGGUAUUAAAUCAAGAGGCAUAAAUCAGAGGUCCGGGGACUCCUCAGCAGCCCAGGAGCAUUCAUCAAAGAAAAAAGAGACUACAAACUCUGAAAAUAAAUCUCCUUGCAAACUGGUAACCCUGUCCGGGGAAAACGUGAAAAGAAUGAAUAGCGAGGCAGACGGUGAGAGUGAACAAGACGUGACCCCACAAAUACAAAGAGACUGUUCAAAGAAAAAAAAUAUAACCGAAACAAAAGGCAGGAAUGGAGUGAGGAGCAAAAUGCAGACUGUUGAGCACCCCAAAAGCAAUCGUGAAAAGACACCAUUACAAAAGAAAAGCACAAAAGAAAAGGCAGCCAAGAAAAGUAGCAGAAAUGAGAAAGAUAGCAAGAGUGAGGAUGAGACUCCGUUGAAGAAAAAGGGGGCGCAGAAGAAGGAUACAGAUAGCGAGAGUGAGGAUGAGACUCCGUUAAAGAAAAAGGGGGCGCAGAAGAAGGAUACGGAUAGCAAGAGUGAGGAUGUGACUCCAUUAAAGAAAAAGGGGGCGCAGAAGAAGGAUACGGAUAGCAAGAGUGAGGAUGUGACUCCAUUAAAGAAAAAGGGGGCGCAGAAGAAGGAUACAGAUAGCGAGAGUGAGGAUGAGACUCCGUUAAAGAAAAAGGGGGCGCAGAAGAAGGAUACGGAUAGCGAGAGUGAGGAUGGGACUCCAUUGAAGAAAAAGGGGGCACAGAAGAAGGAUACGGAUAGCGAGAGUGAGGAUGAGACUUCAUUAAAGAAAAAGGGGGCGCAGAAGAAAGAUACGGAUAGCGAGAGUGAGGAUGAGACUCCAUUGGAGAAAAAGGGAGCGCAGAAGAAGGAUACAGAUAGCGAGAGUGAGGAUGAGACUCCGUUGAUGAAAAAGGGGGCGCAGAAGAAAGAUACAGAUAGCGAGAGUGAGGAUGAGACUCUGUUGAAGAAAAAGGGGGCACAGAAGAAAGAUACAGAUGGCGAGAGUGAGGAUGGGACUCCAUUGAAGAAAAAGGGGGCGCAGAAGAAAGAUACAGAUAGCGAGAGUGAGGAUGGGACUCCAUUGAAGAAAAAGGGGGCGCAGAAGAAAGAUACAGAUAGCGAGAGUGAGGAUGAGACUCCAUUGAAGAAAAAGGGGGCGCAGAAGAAAGAUACAGAUAGCGAGAGUGAGGAUGAGACUCCAUUGAAGAAAAAGGGGGCGCAGAAGAAAGAUACAGAUAGCGAGAGUGAGGAUGGGACUCCAUUGAAGAAAAAGGGGGAGCAGAAAAAACAUACAGAUAGCGAGAGUGAGGAUGAGACUCCAUUGGAGAAAAAGGGAGCGCAGAAGAAGGAUACAGAUAGCGAGAGUGAGGAUGGGACUCCAUUAAAGAAAAAGGGGGCACAGAAGAAAGAUAGCGAUAAUGAAAAACCUCUGAAGAAAAAAUCCACACAGAGAAAAGAAACAGAGAGUGAGGGGGAUCGACCAUUAAAAGAAAAGAAGGCUAACAAGGAAGAGACCGACAACGAGAGUGAAGAUGAGGGUGCAGGAGAAAAGGUCUCAAAAAAGGGGAAAAUGGACAAAAAAGAGACUGCGGGGAAGAAAAAAAGAGUCCAGUCUAGGAAAGACCAGCCAGCCAAAAGUAAAGACAAGACCACCAAAGACAGUAAACCAAGUGAUCAUGAGAGUGACAGCACGGCCGACAAGACUAAAGAAAAUACUGCUGAUGGUGACAGCGACUCGUCAAGUGGAUCGGACCUGAGUAAAGACAGCAGCAAUAAGCAGAGCAAGAGCUCCUCUCAUGGAGACCACCCUUCCAUUGUUCGGCUUAAGCGAUACAUCCUGACCUGUGGGGCGUGGAGAAACUACAAGAAGUUGCUGCAGAACUGUCGAUCUGUAAAAUCCAUGGUGCAGGUUCUGAAGAAUGAGUUGGUGGAAUUGGGAGUCAAAGGGAAUCCUUCUUUGGAGAAGUGCCGGCGUGUGCGACUGAAGAGGGAGGAGGCAGCUGAGCUGGCAGGACUGGAUACCAGUAACAUCAUUUCCACAGCCGGUCGUCCUCGACGCCACAAUUCCUGGAAUCCUCACAAGACAUCCCCUCCCCGUGACCCAUCUCCGUCAGGGUUUCGGAAGGAUAUCGCUUCGGACUCUGACGACGAGGACGGACCACCACGCAAGAAAAGGCCCAUGGACUGGUCGUCCCUGCAGGGCAUUAUCAGUGAUGAUGGGGAUUCUGAAUGAAUGGCUCACCCCUGGUGUAGACGGCAGACAGCCCCAAUCGUGUCCCCACCAGGCAUCUCGCAAUCUCUAAAAAUAUCUAUGUACCUUUAUCUCUCCACUCCUGUUGUACACAUUUCCUUCGUUGCAAUUUUAUCAAAUAUUUUUACAUGGUAUUUUGUAAAUAAAUGUGAAGUUUUA